AUGGACAAUAAGAAUAGUUUUUUUGCCACUUUUGUAUAUGGAUUUAAUGAUGAGGAGGGGAGGAAAAGUUUAAGGAAAGGAUUACAGGAGAUGGCUAGAUUGGACCCAUGGGUUGUGCUUGGAGACUUUAAUGAUAUUUUACACAGAGAUGAGAGAAUUGGGGAUAGAGCUCGGCACAACUUGAAUAAUGAAUUUCUUAAUUGUAUAUCUAGUUGUCAGUUGGAUGAUGUCAAAUAUAGUGGAAACUUCUACACUUGGAGUAAUAAGCAGCAAGGAACCGAUAAAAUAUACUCCAAAAUUGACAGAGUUAUGGUGAAUCAAGCUUGGAUGGACAAAUUUCCAAAUGCUGAAGCUAUUUUUCAUAAUGAAGGCUUAUUUGACCACACACCAGCAGUUCUUACAGUGCAUCCUGAUAUACCUAGUGGAAAGAAACCAUUCAAGUACUAUAGAAUGUGGUCUUCUCAUCCUCAAUAUCAUCAAGAAGUGUGUAGGGGGUGGCAUCAAAAGGUUACAGGGACAAAAAUGUACCAAAUUGUGUCUAAACUGAAGAAUCUUAAGUCCAUCUUUAAGGAGCUGAACAAGAAGGGUUAUUCAGAGAUUCAUAUGACCUAUGUGCAAGCUAAAGAGAAGUUAAGUGACUGUCAAAAUAAAAUGCAUCGUGACCCUCUGAAUGUUAUUCUACAGAGUCAAGAAUUGGAAGCCAGACAACAGUAUGCAGCAGUACAGAAAAAUUAUAGCUCUUUUUUGUCCCAAAAAGCUAAGGUUGCUUGGGUCAAAGAAGGUGAUGAAAACUCUGCAUUUUUUCACUCUAGUAUCAGAGAAAGAAGGUCCCUAAAUAGGAUAUGUUCUAUUAUUAAUGCAGAAGGGACUAGGGUGGACACUCCUGAUGAAGUUACUGAAGCUUUUCUCUCUUAUUAUCAGUCUUUGUUGGGUACUCAAAUGCUCAAGAGGCAUCGAGUUAGAAAGGCUGUUAUGGCUCAAUGA